CAAUGACUUUACAGUCUUCAAGGAAAUUGCCAUGAAGAUACCAUUAACUGAAGCGCGUAUGGUGCAGAAAGAAGCAUAGACUUGUCUUUUUAAGGAUGGUUGAUGAUGUCCGACUCUCUACAUUCAGUAAGUAGACUGAUCAGGCAUUGCAUACACACGUCCACUGACUAAUUUCUUCUAUGGCCUCUUCUUCAUCCUCUUCUUCAGUCACCUCUCCAUGGCGCUACGAUGUAUUUUUGAGCUUUAGAGGAGAUGAUACCCGUGAUACUUUUACCGCUCAUCUAUACCGUGCCUUGACUCAAAAGGGAAUCCUUACCUUCAUAGAUAAGGAUGAGCUUAGACGAGGCGAUGAGAUUUCACCCGCACUUCUCCAAGCUAUAGAAGGUUCAAGAAUUUCCAUCAUUGUGUUAUCAACAAAUUAUGCAUCAUCAACGUGGUGUUUGGAUGAGUUAUUGAAGAUUCUUGAGUGUAAAAAAUCAAAACAACAAAGAGUUCUAUCUGUGUUUUACCACAUAGAUCCAUCAGAUGUUCGACAUCAAAGAGGAAGUUUUGGUGAAGCAUUGGCUAAACAUGCUGAGAAAUUGAAUGUAGACAUGAAGUUGCAGCUGUGGAAGGAAGCCCUUCAAGAAGUUGCCAGUAUGUCUGGAUACCAUCUCAUAAAUGGGAAUGAAUCAGAAUUCAUUGAACAAAUCGUUCAAGAAGUCUCAAGAAUAGCAAAUGAUCAUUUUGUUUUACCCGUUGCCAAGCAUCCUGUUGGAUUAGAACCUCAUCUAAAAGAUGUUGAUUUGCUUUUAAGUGUUGAAACGAACGACAUACGAAUGAUAGGAAUUUUUGGACUUGGCGGAAUUGGUAAGACAACUCUAGCCAAAGCAAUUUAUAAUUCGAUUUCUUCUCGAUUUGAAGCUCGUUGUUUUCUUGCAAUUGUUAGCGACACUUCAAAUCAAGUGGAUCUUUUGGUCCGACUGCAAAAGACACUUCUCUCUAAGAUUUUAGGAAAAUGUAAAAGUUUGAAGAUUGACAAUACUGAUACGGGAAUCAUUAAUAUACAGCGUGGGCUUUCCUCUAAAAGAGUUCUUCUAAUUCUUGAUGGUGUAGACCACUUGAGCCAAUUAGAAACAUUAGCAGGAGCUCGUGAUUGGUUUGGUAAAGGAAGUAGAAUCAUCAUCACAACAAGAAAUCAACACUUGUUGAAAACUCAUGGAGUUGAUUCAACAUAUGAGAUGAAGGGAUUGAAUCAAAAUGAUGCUUUUCAACUAUGUUGUUGGCAUGCUUUCAAAAGAGAGAUACCGGAUGAUGGUUUUAGAGAGUUUGUAGAAUGGAUCGUAAAUUAUGCUGGGAGCCUUCCACUAGUUUUAACAGUGCUCGGCUCAGAUUUAUAUGGUAGAACUAAAAAAGAGUGGGAAAGUGCAUUGGUUCAGUACAGGAAAGUCCCUCACCAAGAUAUUCGAAAAAUACUUCAACCGAGUUAUAAUAGAUUAAGUGAAGAUGAAAAGAAUGUUUUUCUUGACAUUGCAUGUUUUUUCAAUGGACAACGGCUUUCUGAUGUCAUUAAGAUGCUAGAAAGUUGUGGCUAUUACCCACACUUUUCGAUCCCAAGACUAAGGGAGCAGUGUCUUAUUUCGGAAGUUCACGGAAUAUUGCAAAUGUGUAACUUGUUACAAGAUAUGGGUAGAGAAGUUGUUCGACAAGAAUCCAAGAGCACGUAGCAGAUUAUUCUUAUAUAAAGAUUUUCGUGAAGUACCCCCAAGGCUUUCGAGAAUAUGAAAAGACUCAGAUUAUUUAGAUGCCGCAAUGCACUUUUUUCUGAAGAACUUAAUUUUCUACCUAAUUCAAUAAGAGUGCUUGAUUGGCCUAAUUGUCCUUUACAAUCCAUGCCAUCUAAGUUUCGUGGAGACAAACUCUCUAUUCUACUCAUGCCUGGAAGUUCGAAAUUUAAGGUACAACUAUUAUUAUUUUCAAUAUUUCUUUAAACUUAGUUUCAUGUUCUUUUCUUUUUAACAGAGUCUCACGGCUAUGAAUUUCGAUGAUUGUCAAUCCAUAACGAAAUUUCUAGACAUUUCAAGGUGUCCAAAUUUGAAGAAAAUAAAUCUCGGUGAUUGUAAAAAUCUGGUUGAAGUUCAUGAUUCUGUUGGAUUCCUUAAUAAGCUUGAUACAUUAAAUCUUUCUGGAUGUAACAAACUAAAGAGACUUCCAAGUAGACUGCAGUUGAGAUCUCUGCAACUCCUUAAUCUUGAUAAUUGCUCGAGCCUUCAAAACUUUCCAGAAAUAGAAUGUGAAAUGGAACAUUUACAAGAAGUCUCCUUAUCAGGCACCGCAAUAGAAGAAUUGUCAUCCAUUAGGUACCUCACCGGGCUUUUAAGUUUAUGCCUAAAUUACUGUGUAAACCUGAAGGGUCUACCAAGUAGCAUUCAUCAGUUGAGAUCUCUAGAUUAUAUUGGACUCGAUCAUUGUCCAAAUAUUAUAAGUUUUGGGAUGGAGGAGGAGGAGGAGGUGCAUAAUGGACAACCCACGCCCUUUGUAGUGUCUACAAGCUGGGAAAAUGAAGCUUGCACGUCACUGGAAAGAUUACCAGAAAUAUCAAAAAAAUUUCAUUUCCCACGGCUAGAAUUUAUUAACUUGACCAGAUGCUUUAAAGUGAAUGUGGGGAAUUGUAUGCCAAACCCUGCAUGGAAUGGAGUAAGUCCCGAUAUAUACUUCACUUUUCCUUGUAUAUGCAUUUGGCGUUUUGUGGCUAAUCGAUUUUUGUAUAUGAAUAUAGUUGAUAUAUAUUUUAUGAUGUGUUCAUCCAA